AUGUCCUUUCCUGAGUCAUUGAAAUGUUCCUUUUUCUUCUCCAUCUCCUUCCUCAGGAACCGCCUCACAGGCUUGAAGUCAGACAUUUUGGUGAACCCCAUCUAUGUUGGUCUCUUUGGCACCACCGGGGCAGGGAAAAGCACAUUGCUGAAUGCCAUCAUAGACAAAAGGUUCUUCUUGCCAGUGUCUGGGUCCAAAUCCUGCACAUCCUGUGUGGUGCAGGUCAGCAUGAGCCACAGCAAACAGUACGAGGCAAAAAUUCACCUUCUUACAGAUGAGGAGUGGAAGGAUGAGCUGAAGUGCCUUGUGGCACUUGCAGAAGAUGAUGAAGAUGAGGACAGCAAUGAACAAAAUGAGGCUGUUUCAAAGAUCUCUGCUAUCUACGGGGAAGGCAGCGAAACUAAGUCUUACGAAGAGCUGUGUAGGAUGAGACCUGUCAUCCCUAUUCCCAGUGCAAGAUGCAUCACCCUCAGGGAAGCAAACGAAGAAGACCUUUCUAAAAAAAUGGGCCCGUAUAUCUGGAUUCAGAGCAUCCGUAAUGGAGAAGCAGCAGGAACAAGUGAAGAAAACAAAAAACCACGUCUCUGGCCUCUCAUCAAAAAUGUGGAAGUGACUAUCCCAAGGUUGCAAGUGUUUCCAGAAGGUGUCAUCUUUGUGGACAUUCCAGGGACAGGCGAUUUCAAUAGCAAAAGGGAUGCCAUGUGGAAAGAGAACAUCAACAAAUGCUCUGUCAUUUGGGUGGUCAACUCCAUUGAACGUAUUCAAGGAGACAAACACCAUGAGAAGAUGCUGAAAGAAGGCAUGAAGGCUUUCCAGUGUGGGGUGUGCAAGGACAUCUCCUUGGUGGUCACAAAGUCUGAUCAGAUGGAUCUAAGCGAAUACCAGCGGUAAAGAAACAAGCUGCAGAGAAGUGGGGCACUGGGGGUGAUCAAUAAACAUGAUGCCAUCCUGGAAAGGAAUGAAACUGUGAAGCGGGAGAAGACAACAAGUAUGAGGAGGAACCUAGGGAGAAAGUUUCCAAGUAGCUCUGAAGUUCUGGACAAGGAUGAUCUCGUGUACACGGUCAGUGCCCGCAAGUACUGGAGCGGGGACACACUGAACAGGGAUGAAACAGAGAUCCCAAAGCUGAGGGAGUACAUCCGGAGCUUCUACAAAAAACAGAAGAGGAAUGAGCUGAUGGAUUAUGUGACAGAGGCUUUGGCUGCUUUCUCACUCAUUCAGAGUCUCCCAUCCAACCAAGAUCCAGAGAGCCAGCAAGUGAAGGAAAGUCACUUGAAAGAAUUAAUUAUGAACAAGAUCACUGACUUGGACAAAGAUAUCGAGAAAUGCUUUGUACCUAUUGAGCAGCCACUCCAGGAUGGCAUAGAUCAAGCAAAGAGGUCUUAUAAGAAAAAUAUGAACAGGAUCUUCAAUGUCCACGGGGGCCAGGGCUUCCACAGGACCCUGAAAGCUGUGUGCAUGAAGAACGGGGUGUACACGUCCCGCAGCUUCGGCCGGAUCGACAUCAACGAGGACCUGGCUGAGCCCAUCUAUGACAAAAUUGACAUCACUUUUGGAAACAUAUUCAGGAUCCAGAUGGGCACCCGCGCCACCCUGAAAUCCUGCCUUGACUUGUUCAAAGAUGCCAUGAAGGAGGCCCUGCAGGAAGCCAUGAAGUCAUUCUCGGUUGUUAGCACAGAUAAUUUUUUACAACUGAACCGUGGUGUCAAGCAUCUGAAGUUCUUCUUGCAGAUAGACUUCAUCAUGAGGGAGAUCGAAAAAGUCAUCCUCCAGAGGAAAGGCAAAAUCUACGAGUCCGUUGCUGGAUCCAUUAAAGAGGACCUGCUGCCAUACUACAAAGAUGCUGCCAGCCAAAGAGGAGCACAAGCCUACGCGAGGAUGCAAACCAUCCUUAGUGAGGGUGUAAAGACAGAGCUGGAAAAGGGGAUGUUUGAAAAAGUGCAGGCAAGCAUGAGAAGCCACUUUGAAAGCCUGAAGGGGGAGAUCAUUGGGAAGAUGAGGAAGGACUUUUCCGAUGUGCUCAGCCUCGCCUUCUGCCCAUGGAGCCACCUCAGUGGCCAGCUGCCAGAUUUCAGGGAUGAGUUCGACUCUAUCCGCAACAUUCACGAGAACCUGCGUUCAACUGGAAAUGCUUAG